AUGCACCCAUUAGUUUCUUGGCAGCUACUGCUCUUCGUCUGUGCCACUUCCUUCAGGGAGACAUUAGAAAGGGUCGCUUCUGCCGAGGAUCCUCGAUGCACAGGCCCGCAGCUCGGACCCUUGGCCCUCCUGGCCACCUGGGAGCAACGGUGCGCAGAGAAGAAGCCCACCUCGGCCCGGCCGAGACCUCGGGGCGCCUCGCUGUGUCCGCCCCCUGAGAGCCCUGCGGGACCCCGGCGGCCAGGUCUGUGCGCCCCCCGCAGCCGCCUGACCCCCUCACCCCGGGGCGCAGUGCUGGCGCAGCGGGAGAAGGACCUGUCCACUUACAACUGGAACUCCUUCGGCCUGCGCUACGGCAAGCGGCAGACGGCCCAGCAGGCAUGGCGCGGGCGGGGCGCCGGCAGGGGCUGA